AUGCAAUUUAUGAUAAAUGUUGUUGUUCCAGAGAGAAAUGACUUGGAAAUGUACCCCAUAAGGAAUGGCAGCAGUGGAGAUACCGAAAUAUUUGGCAUCCAGACAGAUGAGAUGGAGCAGUCCCCUGCAAUGCGUUCUGACUACUUGGUCUCAGGGAUUCGAACUCCGCCAGUGAGGAGGAACAGCAAACUGGCAACACUGGGCAGGAUCUUCAAACCAUGGAAGUGGCGGAAAAAGAAAACCGAGAAGCUAAAGCAGACGUCUGCAGUGCUGGAGAAGAAGAUGACAGCACGACAAGGUCGGGAUGAACUCAUUAAGAAAGGCCUUCUGGAGAUGAUGGAACAAGAUACCGAAGGCAAAGCCUGCACUGGUGAUGAUGCCACGAGAGCAACGCAGAGUGACCCUCCAGCUCCUGUGUGCCAGGCACUUGCCUCAGAAGAGGUGCAGCAAGAGAGUACAACAGCAGCCACAACGAAUGCGACCUCGCUGGGUGAGGAUCUGCAUUUGGAUGAGCUGAAAGAAGAUGCAGCCAAGAAACCUUCAGCACCCACGGAAGAAUUAGAAGAUGCCAGCCUGCCAGCAUCUGAAGACAGUCCACAAGCCUUACUUGUAUCUGAAUCCACAGAUUCCCCCCAGAAACAGACAGAAAGAAACCCAGCACAGCUUCCCAGCUCUCCACUGCUCCCAGCUCCACCACCUAAGGCAAUCUCCAAAAUCACAAAGAGCGUAACAG